GUCAAUUAUUUUCUUGGGAAAGAACUUUAUUGGAGUUGAAUUUAUUGCAAGUAGUCUUCAGGCAUGUAGAAUUAACAAAUGACAUCAUUUGGAGAAUAGAGGGAUUCAGAGGAUGACAGUUUAACAGCUAUGGCAGAAAGCAACCUCCCAACAACGGGAGAAGAACUGGAGGUGAAAAAUGAGUUUCCAGCCACAGUUUCAGCAACAGAGAAAAGUCAAGUUACGUCAAGUGACGCUGAAUUGGAUGUAUACGAUGACCCUUUAAGAGGGAUAGCAAAAGAAUGUCUGGAGAAAGGUAACAAAGAAUACAGACAAGGAGAAGCUAAUAACGCGAUAAUCUCCUACACGGAAGGACUUCAAGUGAACUGCAGAGAUAAAAGUCUGAACGCCAAGCUUUACAGCAACAGGGCAGCAGCUCAUUUCCGUUUAGCAAACUACGUGGAAUGUGUCGAUGAUGCAACAGUUGCUGUUCAAUUGGAACCCACUUUAAUCCAAGCUAUUGAGAAAGGAGCCAGAGCUUGUGUCGAACUUUCCUGGGAUAAAGAAGCAAGGAGCUGGUUGCAUAUGGGAUUGACAAUUGAAAACAAUAACGAACGUCUGCUUCAAUUACUAAGGAAAUCGAAUGCCGAACUAAAAGUCAAAGCACACACUUAUGCCAGUCUCGGAUGUGCUUAUUGUCAUGUUGGGCAGUUUCACACAGCAAUCAAGUAUCAUCAACAGGAUCUAGAAAUUGCUGAAGAAGUGGGAGACAAGAAAUAUCCAAAGAACUGGGAGACAAGACUGGAGAGGCGUGCUCACUCUGUUCUCUUGGAAGCAGUUUUGAGUGCCUAG